ACGCCAUUGCGGAAGGGGCGGGACGGGAGCGCGCGCUUCCGUUGGCGGCGCGCUCUGCGGGAGGCGAGUUCGCGGGUUCGAAUCCCGCCUGGCGGGCGAGCGAGGCUGAGUUGGGCUGCCCCAGAGGAAGGAUGGAGGAGCUGAGCCAGGCUCUGGCCUGCAACUUUGUCGUCUCCCAGGACCUGAACAGCCCUGCGGCUCCUCACCCACGCCUGGCCCAGUACAAGCCCAAGUACAGCUCCCUGGAGCAGGGCGAGAGACGCCGGCGGCUGCUGGAGUUCCAGAAGACUAAGCGGCUGGACUAUAUAAAUCAUGCCAGAAGGCUGGCGGAGGAUGAUUGGACCUACACGGAGGAGGAGGAGGAAGGGGAGAAGAAGGGAGAGGAGGAGGAAGGAGAGACAGCUAAGGCUGAUGGAGAACAUGAAGACAUGGAGCUAGACAUUAUGAAGAAGUUACCCAAGCGAUAUGCGAACCAGCUGAUGCUCUCCGAGUGGCUGAUUGAUGUCCCACCAGAUCUGGAUCAGGAGUGGCUCUUCGUGGUGUGCCCUACGGGGAAGAGAGCUCUUGUGGUGGCUUCCAGGGGCACCACGGCAACAUACACCAAAAGUGGUUUCUGCGUCAAUCGGUUCCCUUCUCUUCUGCCUGGUGGGAACCGACUCAAUUCAGCCACAGGGAAAGAAUACACCAUCUUGGAUUGCAUCUACAAUGAGGUCCAGCAGACAUACUACAUCCUCGACGUGAUGUGUUGGCGGGGACACCCUGUCUAUGACUGCCAGACAGAUUUCAGAUUCUUCUGGCUGCAUUCCAAAAUGGAAGAAGAGGCGGAUUUGUCGGAGAAAAGCCGACUGAACCCAUAUAGAUUUGUGGGCCUCAAGAGCUACUCCUGCAAUUCAGCCAGCCUGUGUGAGGCUCUGGCCAUGGCGUUUCCUUUCGAGGUGGACGGGAUCCUAUUCUAUCACAAGCAGGCGCACUAUAACCCCGGCAGCACGCCAUUAGUGGGCUGGCUGCGCCCUUACAUGGUCUCCGACAUCCUGGGCAUCGUGGUGCCCAGCUGCCCGCUCACCUCCAAACCGGGCUACGCGGGACAGCAGCUGCAGCAAAUUAUCGAGCACAAGAGGAAUAAAAGCCAACAGCCGGGCGCGGCCGACGAGCCCACCUCACAAGACGGGCGUUACGAACUGGAGCAUUUGUCCACUCCCCGAGCGGAGGCCCCUCCGCCCGUCUCACCCGAUGGGGAGUGCCAGAUGGACAAUUGACCCGAGACCUUAAAAGGGGGCGACCAAGAUCAGUCAAGAAUGUCCUCGGUCUACCCGGAUAGGAAACCCUAGUCAUAAUAUAUACACUUUCAAGAUUUGGGUGGAAAAAUACGCCUUUAAUGGGAUAUUUUCGUUCAGGCGGUGUUUUGUGUUUUUUUUGGCUUCUGUCCUGCUUUAGAACGGCUGCCUUAAAUGCUCGUCCUUAAAUGAGACUCAGAUCCAUCCAUGUCAACCGUUAAGUUUCGGAACGAGUUGGGAGACAAGCUGGUCGAAACCUGGGUUCAAAUUCUCACAGGUCACACAUACACACACACACACACCUUGGAUUUCAGGGUGUUUUGCCACAAUCCUCAAGGCCAUUGGGCUUCAGAUUCCAAGUUUGAAAAAGAGAGUUGUGAAGUUUCAAAAAAAAACACACACA